UCACGAAGUAGAGAAUUAAUACAAAUAUCUAAAUCCAGAGUCUUCUGCAGGAAGAGAAGCCUUUUUCAAGACUUCAAAAUUUCUUCGUUCUCAAAGUUUUGGCAGCAAUUCCCUAUUUCAAAUAGAUGGAAAGGUCUCUCCCUUCUCUCACAUUCAAAGGCUCUAUUUCUGAAGCAAUUGUUGAAGCCAAAAGGCAGAGGAAACUUUUUGUAGUCUACAUUUCAGGUGAAGAUGCAGAAUCAAUUCGUUUAGAAAAUUCAACAUGGGCAGAUCUGAAUGUGGCAGAAAAGCUAUCAAAGUACUGUAUUCUAUUACACAUCUUGGAGGGAAGUACUGAGGCAUCACAUUUUUCUGCAAUAUACCCGCAGAAACCUGCCCCUUGUAUAACAGUUAUUGGGUACAAUGGCGUGCAACUUUGGCAGAAUGAAGGCUUUGUUGCUGCUGAAAUUCUGGCAUCAAAUCUUGAAAAGACAUGGCUGAGUCUUCAUAUUCAGGAAACAACAGCAACUGUCUUAACUGCGGCCCUUGCAUCGAAGAAAUCUGAUCCAUUGGCUUCUGGGGCUCCUAAUAUUGCCUCACUUCAGCCAGGAAGUUCUUCAAGCAUGGAUGUUCCUUCAUCUUCAAUAAAUAAAGAUGUUAAAUCCUCAGAGGCUAGACCCUUAGUUGCUUCUGAGAUAAUAGAGGAAAAUAAAAGUUGUGAACACCCAGUUAAGGAGAAUAUUGAAGUAGGUGAUGCCACAUCCUCAAAGGUUCUUCAUGCCAAUGAGUUGGACAGUGGUGAGAAUGAACAGCCAACCUCUUUGAAUGCAACAGCAAAAGAAUUGCUUCCUAUAACAGCAGAUCACAACAAUUCUGAAGGUUGUCCUAUAUCUCCCACCGUUAAAGAUGGAUGUCCUGUCCCAGAAGAAAACAGCAAUUUCACCAAUCCUCAUCUAGAAGUUUCCGAAGGAUCUUCACAGUCUAUUCCUACUGAAGUGAAUCAAGCUGUAGUAGGUACAAAGACUGAAAAUGUAGAAGAUCAGAAGGCUGGUACAUUGGAUAUUUCUACAAAUAAAUCAACUGAUGUUCAUUUGAACAUCCGAUUGCCUAAUGGCAAUAGUCUACAAGAGAAAUUUCCUGUGACAAGCACCUUGAGUAUGGUUAAAGACUUUGUGGAUCAAAACCAAGCAAGUGGUAUCGGCUCUUAUGACCUAGCUGUUCCUUAUCCUCGGAAGGUAUUCAAGGGUCAAGAUCUGAGCAAAUCAUUAUCAGACUUGGGAUUGCUCAAUAGACAAGCACUGAUGGUGGUUCCACAUCAACGAGCUGUGGCUCACCGUAGAGGAGUGUCUUCAUCCAGAGAUCUAACAAAUUCUACCAAUGAUUCUGGUUCAGCAAAUGACAGCAAUGGAGGAUAUUUUGCACUCUUGAGAAGUUUCCUAUCUUACUUGAAUCCUCUCUCCUAUCUUGGUAGUACUGCCAAUUCAUCAAAUUCUGAACAGGAAUCCCAAAACAGCAUGUGGGAAUAUCGACCAAACCCUGCACUUCAGAACAACCUCAGAGCCAGAGGAACAGAGAGACCCUUUACUCGCCCCUCCCCAGAUCAAAGCGGUUCUACCACCAGCAGAAGUGAUGAAAGGAGCAAGCAACCAACAGCCUCCAGGUAUGGGAGCAACAUUCACACAUUGAAGCAUGAUGAGGAUGAUGAUCGGUUCAGUGACAGAAACGCCUUCUGGAAUGGGAACUCUACACAGUAUGGUGGCAACAACAACGACAACUGAGAUGUCAGGAAAAGCAUUCUACACAACCUGCCCUUUUUUUCUUUUGCUCUUCCUCCUCUCCAUCUUCUAACCAUGAAACUUAUUCCAAUCCCAAAAAAAUGAAGUCGAUAUAUUAUCAACUAGAAAUGAAUAAAUCCUGGUGGAUAUCAACACAUAGCUUUGUUUUUGUGAUGCAUAAUCGGCUUUUGCCCAUCGAGGGAAUGGUAAAAUGCUUCAUUACAAUCUUGAUGUAUGAAUUUCAUCCAGUUUUAUCAUGUAAAUGUGCUUCCAUAA